AUGUGCACAACAACCCACUGGUAUUGGAAAGCCUGCGGUCACACAAUCGCAACCGAAUGUCUCAUCCUCUGCAAAGAAGUCUACAAAGGUUGCGCCGGCGAAAACCCCGACAAGAUAGAGAAGAAAGGAAGAUGUCCUAACUGCAGGAAAGAUCCUGUCGUACAAGUCACGACCAUAGACAGGCUGCUCGUUACCUUGGAAGGAGGUUGGGAAAUGAUAACUGAAGCUACCAUGAAGGAAAUUCGGCAGAUCAAACUUUAA